CCGAUGGCCAAGCAACCCCCCGAGGUGAAGGCGCAACGCGACGGCGAAGGCGGGAGGCUGCCGCCGGCGGCGGCGGAGGGGCCGGGCCCGGCCGCGCAGCUGCGUCCCGGAGCUCCCGCCGCCCUGCCGGGCUCUACCACCGCCACCACCGCCGCCGCCACGGCGGGGCCUUCACCGCGGGGCCCUCCCGCCAGCCCCGGCCCCUUCGCCACCCGCUCGCCCUUCUUCAUCUUCGUGCGGAGGUCGCCGCUGCUGUCGCGCUCCUCCAGCGGGUACUUCUCCUUCGACGCCGAGCGCAGCCCCGCGCCCCUCAGCUGCGACAAGGCCACGCAGACCCCCAGCCCGCCCUGCCAGGCCCUCAGCCACUGCCUCAGCGCCAUGGCUUCCCAGUGGCAGUCUCACUCAUUAGCAGAAGACGUACAGCCCGAAAUCUGGAUUGCACAGGAGCUGCGGCGCAUCGGAGACGAGUUCAAUGCCUCCUAUUGUCCAAGAAGGGGUUUCUUGGAUAACCAGGCGGGAAAUCCCCAGAUUGUCAUUUUGCACCUCCUGCGUCACAUCAUCCACCUCAUCUGGAGGAUGUAGUGAGCGCCGGGCACAUCCCGAGGCGCAGGGACUUGUUUACUCAUUGGGAAAGCCUGGGGAGGACGGACGGACGGACAGAUGGACGUGGGGCUCCCACCCUGCUUCUCCCCCAGGACGCACGGCAGGGGCCAUCAGAUGAGGGUGGACAUCCCACGCCGACCUGCUGGGACUCUCCGAUGCAGGAUUUUGUCCGAGAGUGGUGUUUACUGCAUUAGCUCUCAAUUCUUUUAUUGUUUUUUUUUUUUAAUUAUUAUUUUUUAUUUUUCCAAAAGAGUCUCAGAGAAAAUAUUCAACGGCGAUGGAAUAAUUUCUUUGCCAUCGUUUCUGGAAACCUGUCGGCUCGUCUGGGAUAAACCCUGCAGCGGGGAAAAGGAAAACCUGAGCCGCCUUAGUUUGCCUUGCAGACCUUAUCGCAGAGACUCGCCGAGCCCUCCCCUCUCCCUUUGCCUCCUGGGCGGGCAUUUGCCCAUGAAAAAGGAUGGCGAUGAUGGAAGAAGGGCAGAGGGAUUUAAAUCAGCACUUCUUUUACCUGUAAAUACCUAAUGCUAGCCCAAAUCCACCUUUGUUUGCAUCAUGCAAAUAGCCUAUUUC